AUGAAAGUCAACAUCAGAACCAUGAUGUCAAUAAAGUCCAUUGGUGCUGUCAUUUUGUUAUUUUUUUUGGCAGAAUCUGUAACACUGCCUGAAGUAUCUCAGCAGGAAGACAGAAAUGCCACACAGAAAUUUUUGGAGAACAACAUAAGAGAUGUGACCACUGUUGCAUUUGCUCAAUAUAUUCAAGAAGCCACAUAUGAAGAAAUCACUGAAUUGGUCAAACAGAUGAUCCACUAUACUGACAAAUGCAUGGCCAACAUGGAGCUACCUGAGUGUUCACGGUUAGCAAACUAUGUAAUUCAGGACAAAAUGUGUGGGGUAAAGGAACUUUCCGAAAAGUACGGAUUUUCAGAGUGUUGUACAGAAGAUACUUCCAAGAGACGACUGUGUUUCUUUGAACGCAAAAGGACUGAUGUCAGUUUUCUGACUCCUUUCCAAAUCCCCGAUCCAGAGAAGGGGUGCCAGGAGUAUGAAGCUGACCAAGAGACUUUUCUAAAUCACUAUGUCUAUGAAAUAUCCAGACGGAACCCAUUUACCUUUGCCCCCACACUCUUGGCUCUAGCUGCUCGCUACAAAGAAGUCAGCAGCAGCUGUUGCAAAGAAGAAAACAAACAUGAAUGCUUUCGCAUAAAGGCGACACCCAUCACAAAUGAUUUAAAAGAAAUCUCUGCUAAUCAGCAAAACAUCUGUGGGGUACUGAGAAAAUUUGGACCCAAAGGCGUGAAAUUUCAGAAAGUUGUGGAAAUCAGCCAAAAAUUUCCCAAGAUUGACUUUAACUUACUUAACAAACUCCUGGAAGAUAUUCCUAACAUGCUUGAUGGGUGUUGCGAAGGAGAUGUAGUUCACUGUUUCCGACUCAAGGCCAAGAUUAUAAACCAUAUCUGUUCAAGACCAGACUCUCUCUCCAGCAAAAUUAGAGACUGUUGUCAACUCACAAUACCUGAAAGGGGUGAAUGUAUCAUCAUUCACUCAGAAAAUGAUGAUAAACCCAAGGAUUUAUCUCCAAUAGCAGAGAGAUUUAUAGAAGGAGAUGAUGUUUGCCAACGUCUGCAUGAAGACAAAGAAAACUUCCUGAUUGAGUUUCUGCAUGAAUAUUCAAGACGACAUGUAGAGUUACCUCAUUCGGUGCUGUUAAGUAUAGCUGUGAUAUAUGAAGAACUGCUGGAAAAAUGCUGCAAAACUGACAACCCCAAGGAAUGCUAUAGCCAUGGGGAAGAAGAAUUCCUAAAUAUAACAAUGAAAACCUAUGCCAUUUCAAAACUGCAGUGUGACUAUUUCCAGAAACUAGGUGAAGAAGGCUUCCUCACUCAGUGCCUUCUUUUCCUCACCAAAAAAGCACCACAACUCUCAUCACAAGAGCUCAUUUCUCACAGUCAGAAACUUGCUUCCUCUUUCUCUAAGUGCUGUUCCCUGGAGAAAAAGCAACAAUUUGCCUGUGUUGACAAUCAGGCAGGCCUAGUUCUUGGAGAGCUUUGUGGAAUAAAUAAAAAUCGAACCAUAAACCCAAGUGUGGAUAAUUGCUGUGCAUCUUCACCUGCAUUCAGACCACUGUGUUUUAAUGAUCUGCCAGCAGAUGAAACACAUACUCCUACAACGUUCCUCCCUGAGGUGUUCACUUUUAAUAUCUCUUUGUGCCAGGAAAUGGAGCUACAGAAGAGACGAGAGCUAACUGUGAACCUUGUGCGACAGAAGCCUCUUUUGGAAAUGCAGCAAGUGAUGCAACUGCUUUCAGAUUUUUCCACACUGAUAAGUUGCUGUGAAACAGAGGAAAAGGAGACCUGCUUCAAGGAAGAGCAUUCAAAAUUAUACAAUAAAAUUGAGGCCAUCUUGGGAUCAUAAAAUACCAAAGAUUGCUGGGAGAAAGGAAUGAAGAUUACUUAUCAUUGCUUUUUUGAGGCAAACAAUUUUAUGAAAAAGACAGAAGAUUUAUCUGAAACAUUUACUUGUGCUUCAAGCUACACAGAAUGACUAAGUUCUGUUUAUUAGUGGCUGACAAACGACUUAGAGUAAUAUUAAUUGCUUAAUCAUAGGAUUAAAAUAUAUCUAUGAUUGGUCUGCUCUCAUAUUUACAGAACAACAGUGACAAUAAAAACGAAAGUUGCUUAUA